UCGCAACCACUGCACCUGUCCGCGCCGCAACGUUGUUCUCUGCCCUACGUGGUAUCGUCCACCGCCAUGCUUGUGGUGCAGUGUUCACGAAAUCGGUCAGGAACAGUGAAUCGUCGACGAUAGUUUCGGUGAUCUGGAUUUGGUAAAGUCACAAGGGGUUCAAGACCCAUCCACCGAAACCUCUUCGUUGCUGAACAUUGGUUACUACGGUCGAGUACCCAGGAUAUUCCUGUAUGAGUUGUGUUAGCCAGCCCCUACGGUCACGGACGGUGACGUAAAAUCGACGGGAGGACGUGGUGCUGUUCAAUGCGUAACGCAGAGCGUCGCAGGUAAAUGAAAUUGCGACGCUGCGACGGAAACCACAGUUCCUCGUAGCAGAGCGUUGGAACGACCACCCACCUCACGAUUCGUUCAACUGAGUGUCCGUGCGUUCCUUUGGAGACUCGUUGCUGUCAGUAACAACGAUAAGGGACAAGAAUCUUCGUCGGAGUCUCGAAAGUCGAUUGCCUGGCGCGCGAAUACAAUUCGCGGCGUGCAUUUCUGCUGCAAGGGUGAAUUCGUGACACGGCAUGAAGUUGGAUAAAUAGUGAGAAGAAGUCACUACGGGAAACAUGGGGACGAAUUAUUUAAUAGUGGCGGCAAUUGUACUCGCGGUUGCCACCGUCUGUCGCGCGGAGUGCCAGACUCGCUCCGUUUACUGCUACGAAUGCGAUUCGUGGACGGAUCUUAGGUGUAAAGAUCCUUUCAACUACACAGCGCUUCCCAGGGAUCAGCCGCCAUUGAUAGCCUGCAAUGGUUGCUGCGUGAAAAUGGUUCGCAACGCAAAGUCACUGUACGAGAGCGUGAGGCGGACUUGCACUUCGCAGCUACAGAUAAACUUAUUCAUGGUGGACCACGUGUGCAUGAUGGAAAGUACCGGCACUGGUCACAUGUGCUUCUGUGAGGAGGAUAUGUGCAAUCGUGUCUCCCCGACCUCGUGUUCGAAUCCCGUACUCCUGCUGAUCCUGUCGACCAUCCUUGUACUACGCUCGGUCAUCUUAGGGGUCCCAGCUUGCUUAGUAGAACGUUGCAAUGGUCACGUCGUAUAACACUGAUUUUACUCGAUUCACCCGUGGUGGUUCCGGUUCAUAUCCUCGUAGACCAUUAGUUCUAGUCGGCGUCACGAACACCACGUCGGGACGAGCGAUUCUGUACAGUCAUGUACUACCUCGGAUAACCGAACUCUUUAUUUAUUUCCAACGAUGAUGCGAAACGAGAGGUAAGAUAUACGUGUUUCACGGAAGGGAAGAGAAUCGUUCGAUUCGUCGAUCAACAAACAUGGAGGACAACGGUUCGCGAUCAGGUCACGCGUUGGAUAACGAAUCGAUCACCGAACAGACCAAGACGUUUUCGACGUUUCUCUUCUUCUCUUUCUGGAGAUUAUUGCACUCUGUAAUCGCUCAUCCCGAUCCUUUUCUUCGGCAUAGAGAUAGAGACCAGUAGCGAGAGAUCUCGAGCGUGUUUUGUGUAGACAAAUCAUUCGACACUCUAUCACUCUCACAAUUUUAUCGCGAGCUCUUAUUUUUGGUUGAUGGCUCCUCGAGAGAGAGAGUACACCUGUUCGCAUCGCUGCAACGUGUUUGUGAUACGUGCACUAAGAGAGAAUUUCAGUUUAUCCCAGCGAAUGUGCAUUCAAGGUAUGAAAUUCUCGAUCUAUGAUCUAUCUUGCACGACGUUUACCAAGCAUUUUGAACUAUUUGAAGUAUCUCUUAUCGGAUCGAAGGAAUUCCGUGAAUCAGGCAGUUUCUUUAAAUUGAAAGUCGCGUAUUAGUCAACCGGGGGAAAGCUGUCGAUCUUUCACUGUCAGAAAGUUACGCUUUAAAUGGUAAAAUUUAGAUGCAAAUUUGAAAUUUAUUUUUGUUUAUUUUUUUUGGAGGAAUUUGACUGCAUGACUGUGAUUUCUUUAACCAAUAUUGUUUAAUUCUUUUCGUAUUACUUCUCUUAUAUUCAAUGCAUCUUCUCUUUCCACCGUCAUGCAUUAUCGGAAAGUUUAAGCAUCGUUUUCUAUUUUUCAUAAGCAUUUUGAUAAUCAUUUAGAAUUUAGCGUCGCUGAAUGAAAAUGCUCUCGAUACCUAGAAACAAGAAAAUAGAAUUAACAUCGUGCUCAUCUCUUGGAAUGUUUUUCAUUAAAGUUCUUACUUGCUUGUUGUUAUCUGUGUUCGAUACCAGGUUCGCCAUGUUUCUAAGCAAAGAUAGAUCACAAAAAAUACGUAACGUAGGUAUACAUACUAUUUGCAACGUUGUUCGAUCAUUGCAAGAUUUAGGAGUUAAAUGUGUUGUAGUUGGUAUUACGUCACACAUUUACAGCUUUCCCACCGUGCACGUUUUGCACUGGUGGCGAUGAACCUUUUCGAGAAAAAUCGUGAAGUGACGAAGGAUAAUUGAGACGCAGAGAAAUACAAUAAAAAAUCGCUACAAUAACAAAUCGUUGUUUUGGUGCAUAGAAGUCGACUAUCGGGUAUUUUUCGCGCGAUUUGUCACCUCGAGCGUGACAUUUAGUAAGAGUUUGAUACGCGAUGUUUUUACUGAGACUAUUCUAUUUCUCUUAAUACGCUAAGUGCGUAGAAAUUAUUUCAAUAAUAGAAAUUUUGUAAAUACAACAAAUCUUGGAUAGCUGCGAAAAAGCAUGGUUAAUUUUCAGUUCCCAGAAAGGCACAAACUAAUAAUUCAUAAAUAUACUAAUAAUAAUAAAUAAGAGUAACAAAAUGUGAAAAUUUAUUUUUUAUUUUUUGUUAACGGGACCUUUACUUGUGAGGUUUCUCUAAUUGUAAUAAGAUAAAACAUGAUAUAACUAAGCUCAUAUUUGCGUAUUUAAUGAGUGACAAUAACUCGUUUUUUUGGCACUCACUAAUACGAUGUUAUACUCCAUUAGACGUAGGUUAAAAACAAAUUACACCGUGUUUGGUCUUAUUUUAAUUGUUAAACUCUGACAAAUACAUUGGUAAAAGUUUUAUUUAAAAAAUAACCGAUAUUCGUGCUCAGAUCAGGUUACUUCUCGGUGUGUCAAGGGCAGUUUCCUCUCAGUAGUAGGGAUGACUAUCGUUUCCUUAUUCAAUCGAAAAUGACUCGCAAUUAUCCAAGCAUUGCUGUACUUGCGUACUAAAUCAAAUGCCAAUGUAAUACUAGAUGAAUUCUAGAAUAUUGGCAAGUAUAACUUGUUUAAAACAUAAAUUCUAAAGGAUGAGACGCAAAAUUAUUGUGAUUCUCUUCGAUCAAGGCCAAUUUAAAAGUAAGCAGCAAAACGCGUAAUGUUCGACGACUAUGCGCAUAAUUUGAUUCUCUUUGGAUCGGCUUUUUGCCAUUUCUGAUUAUUCUCUGUAUCUCGUUAAACGUUCGUCUCACUACUGUUGUACUUUCUUCACUGUUUGUUCUUCGUCACUGAAACGCCGCCAUAAAUUUUACUCAUUCGCCAUUAUAACGAAUCACCGGUGUGUCGUGCCUCAUGCACCAUAAGAAAGCGAAACAGGAAUGGCCCAUGGUACCAGCGUGCUUAAGGUAGUCCACGGUCAUGGUCUUGGCAUGCCCAUCCGACAGCGACGUCAUCAAAUGCAGCGACAACAGCCGACGAGCAUCAUCGAAAGCAACAUUUUCCUGUUCUACGUGUCUCGAAUUUGAUCGCGCGCGUGCCUUCACAGUGAUCUUUGAGCUCGAAACGAUAGCAAAUAAUAGAGAUGAAAUCAUGCACAGUAUGAGUUUCACUAACCAAGAUACGCUUCAUGAGAUUUAAAUUAGGGAUGCUUGUAAACAAAUUUAAACUUCUCAAUGAUUCGUGUAUUAAUAUUCUAUGCAUUGCUCGAGUAUCUUCGUAUCCAUUCCGUUCGAAUAGCCAGAUAUGGAUAAAUUAAUUAGUAUCGAUUAAUAAUGAUAUUCGAAAAUAUAUAAACUAUUCGAAUAUUAAAGUAUUCGAAAACUCCUAAUUUGAACACUACUCGUGCAAACUAGUGUUUCCUCGUAUUUGAUAUGAGGCUUGGUUUUGAACUCCGGUAUGAGUGUCUGCGCGACUCGAAAAUGUACUAUUGGGAGACGAGAUGAUGAGACACUACCUACAAACUAAACGGCGCAAGGGGUAAGGGAAAUCGUCCGCACGAUCCAUGUAAUUCCCUCCACUUGUUAGGCUCUUAGUUGUUAUUGGUUAGGUCGAUUGCGAACCAAGGUUAAGCCAAGAACCUGAACAGUGGAAGGGAUUAGGUGGAGCAUACGGAUGAUUCCCUUUGCCCCUUGCGUCGUUUAGUUUGUGGGCAGUGUGCCAACAUUUCAUCUCCCAAUAGUACAGUAUUGUCUCUCUAUAGCCGCGCGUGUCGGGACCGGGCGCACGCAACUUGAGAGACGAGUAGUCUAUUCGGCUUUCUUUGAUUUGACGCUCGAGCGUUCAAGGGGGAUGGGGCUCGUCGACUUUUCUUCGGCUUUCUGUUUGAUAUCCGAUACCCGAUGUCGCGGCGCGGUGAUUACAAACGAAGUAGUGGGGAUAGCUUCGCGUCUAUAGAGAAUCCGAAAACGCGCGGCUAUAGAGAGACAAUACUGUACUUAUAAGUACUUCAAUAUCAGAAAGAAUCGAACCUACAAGCAGUACUUCAUUGGGAUCCUGUAAAUCUCAAGCAAUGAAUUUAUUACAUAUGUUUUAACUAAAAACGUACAUAUAAUAUAACUUUGUUUUAAUCUUUGUACAUGUGGCUGUUAAAAAUAAUGUUUGCUUUAUGAUCGUUACUUUCUAUCUCUGAAUAGAAAAUACUAGUAUUUUUUAAAAUGGACGUUGUUAUUCUAUAUAUGUAUUACGUAUCUAUUCUAGUGUGAAAUGAGUUUUUUAAAACUUUUUUUGGGGAACGUUGCAAAUAAAUUAUACCACUUUUUUCAAUUUAAAAAUAUUUUAGGCGAUAGAAAGUUCAAAUUGAUGGCCAUAAUUUCGUUACUUUUAGGUGUUCAGGCAUAAGGUUUGCAGAUGUAUUUUCCAAAUCAUAUUUGAUAAGAAAAUGAAAAAAAAAGAAAUUUUUCGAAGGUUCACUACUAUAGUAAUUUUGAGGGUUAUAAAAGAAAAUUAAUUUGAGACAAUGUAAACAUUCUACUAAGACAUUAAAUUGCUUCCUAAAAGCAAUAAAAAAGUAACAUCGUUCGAUUACGUGACCAGCCAAUAAAGAAAUACAUAACAUUUGAAUUGAACAAGCAGCAAAGGACAAUGUUAAGUCAUAGAGGGGUUUACUGACCCAAGAG